AUGUCUGAAGCACAGUCGUAUGCGCAAGCCUUUGACGCAUACAACAAUGAGUUCGUCAAACAGCAAGGCCUCGAGUUUCUCUCGUUCCUCUCGCCUUCAGACGUCGUUGCUCCUCAUCCGGAUCUCUUCGAGUCUGAUAUCGACUCAAACUUGGCUGCUUUUCCCGAUCAGCUCCAGCUUUUGACUGUAGACUCAAACGACGCCUUUAGUUUCUUCAGGUCUGAAAAGCCGCAGUGGCAGGGACCCCUUUCUACUAUUACUGUCUCUUCCUACGACUCUUUGUCCUCCCACUCCGAGUCUUUCUACAACGAGCCAAUCCAAUCUUUCGCUCCUACAGUGGCGAAUAGUCAGCUUUUCGACUUUGACUUGGACAUGGAUUUCAACAGAGUUCGUGUCGGUGGCUCCGAAUAUUCUGCUGCGUCUUUGAAUAUCAUGGAAGAUGACAACGACCCCACAUCGUUUGGCGCCCUGCCUCCCACACCCCCCCGCAGCCCCCCAGUUUCAAUGAAUACUUCCAAGGCUUUCGACAAGUCUUACCCACCCCGCACAAGCUUCUCGGACUACGGUCCUCCCAGGCGCGGUUCCACCACUUCAUCAGACUACUACUCUCACUCCGGGUACAGCCCUUCCCACGGACAUCCUACCGUUUCUCCUUUACAUAUCUCCACCCAACUUCCCACUAUGGCAACGGUUACACCUCAACCGGUUGAUGAGUACAAGGGUGACCCACGCAAGAAAUAUCGUUGUCCAUCAUGUCCCAGAGCUUUUGCAAGGGCAUACAAUUUAAAGACUCACAUGGCAACCCAUGAUCCAAACAGGUUGAAACCCCACGUCUGCCCUCAGCGCUCAUGCGGGCGCUCCUUCAGCCGGAAACAUGAUCUCGGUCGCCACCUCAUCAGUAUCCACCGCGAUGAGUCUGUCAGUGCCUCUCUCCUUCCUGCUGGGUCUAAGAAGGCCAUUGGCGUUGAAAGUGGCACUCGCAGCUGGUGCGAAUCUUGCGGCAAGAGUUGGGUUGGCAGGUCUGCUGAGUGCGACUGCGCCGAUAUCAAGUAA